GUGAACGGCGCCAACAUCCCACAAUGCAACUCAUACCACAGGGGUAAAUUGCGCCUGCGUCCUGUGCGCCUCCUCUUUGGACCUACGUCUCCUGAACUACAAUGGCCAAGCGCACCAAGAAGGUGGGGAUCGUGGGUAAAUAUGGCACGCGUUACGGCGCGUCGCUCAGGAAGAUGGUGAAGAAGAUUGAGAUCAGCCAGCACGCAAAGUACACCUGCUCCUUCUGUGGCAAGACUAAGAUGAAGAGGAGGGCUGUUGGUAUCUGGCACUGUGGGUCCUGCAUGAAGACUGUUGCUGGAGGCGCCUGGACAUACAACACGACGUCUGCAGUCACAGUGAAGUCGGCCAUCAGGAGACUGAAGGAGCUGAAAGACCAGUAGAGGGGGACCAGACCGUCACCUGUUGUGUACAGUUUCUGAGCUGGACGCUGUGUCGAACAUCUACCACAAUAAAAAGCAGUCUAGAGCGGAA